UGUCAAAGGAAGUUAAGGCAUCAAAAUCUGGUUCUGUAAGAAGUAAACUGGAAUUUGAUGAAAGUGAUGUUGAGUUGGGUGAUUCUUUUUCUGCAGUUGAUACUGGAGAUAUUCUGCAUAAAUACACAGAUGAAACAGUUUCAAACUUUACAGUUGGGAUGUCAUCUCCUGCUCUUAUAGACCAAGUGAUUGUUGAGGCCCCAAACAACAUUUCCUUAAGCAAAAAAGUUGACUUAUUGAGGCAGAAACGGCUCAGCGAUGGAAAGAAUACUAUUUCAACUGAGCUCCAGAUUUUUAAAUCUUCCGAAGAGAGUUAUGAUGUGAAUCAUUUGUGCUCUCAGCAUAAAAGAAGAAAGAUGGAAAUUGAAGGAGUGGAGUUUCUACCUUCCUCUUCAAAGUUUCUUGAAAAGCCACUUAAUUCUAUUGACCAAAAGUCUGUAGGUAGAGACCUGAGUACUGAAGAAGAUAAUCCUGAAGCUCUCCAAGAUCAGCAUUUGACAUUUGAUCAGGAGGAUGGUACAGGACGUCCAUAUGUUUGUAACAGCCUAUCAGAAGAGUUGCAAUGUACCCAGCCCUGUGAAACAAUGGAAGGGUCCUCAGUUAAAGUGAGCAUAGCAGAGAAACUUCUUUUUGAUGGAAGGCACAGAAGCACAGAGAAACUUAUUUUGGAAGAUAAGAGGGAUGAUUCAUGGCAUCCUCCGUUAAAUGGUGGACAGGAAAGUGCCCAACGUCUAACCUGUGUUGAAGAUGGCACCUCGGAAGGAAGAAUUUAUCUGGAAGGAAAUGCUAGGUUCUCAAAUGUUUAUUCUGUUUCUCCAGCGAUCGAAUGCGCGGAUUUGAUUGACGCAGAUGUUACUGUACCAGAGUUUGAUGGGUUCAUUAUGCCGACCGAUAAUAUACAGCCAUGUACUACUGGAGAUCAGAUAGAAUUCGAGAAAAUGAAUCCACUGAGCAACUCGGUAGAUUAUUCGUCCCUUGGUAAAUCCAGAUUCAUGCAUUCUCCAUUUUGUUAUUCUUCAACUCCUUGUAAGCUAGAUACUAUACUAGGCCUUUGUCGGUCUUUACCUAAUGGCCUUUUGGAGGGGAUGAAUUUGAGGACUUCUCUUGCUCAAAACGAUGAGAGUUCAAGGGCCUUCUCUGAUUGCCUACCAAAUAGUAAGGUUCAAUACUCACCUUCAGUUCAAACUUUUUGGGAUAAAAUUAAUUCCUAUGGAAGUUCAGGGAAGCGCCAGAGUUUGAAACUGGAGCUUCCUUGCAUUAGUGAAGAAAAUGAAAAUGUUGAUGAGAUUGCUGAUACAUCCCAAAAGGGCAUUGGUUCAGAAGGAAUGACUAGCUCAAUUACACUGGAACCACUUGCUGAUAUUAUGGAUGGAGCAAAACCUUCUGCAUCAGCUUUACAAGAUGAUAUGUUAACCGCGGGAAGUAUAGAUUUUGUGGGCUCACAAGUGAAUGUCAGUGGUACUCAUAAUAAGGCAAGAAAGAAGCAAGAUAGCAAUAGGAAAAGAUUCACGGGUAAGGGGAAGGAGAACCAGAGUGUUUCUCUUGGAGCAAAUGGUGCCAAGAGAACUACAGAAUCAGUUAGCAAGACCAAUAGGCCGAAGUUAUCUGGAAAAGAUAGUUUGAAACAAGGUUCCACUUUCUCUAUAGGGAAGACUUCCUACAACAAUAUUGUCUCCAACGUCACUUCCUUCAUUCCAUUAGUUCAACAAAAACAAUCAGCAGCAGUUGCUACAGGCAAAAGGGAUGUCAAAGUCAAGGCCCUGGAGGCUGCUGAAGCUGCAAAACGUAUGGCCCAAAAGAAAGAGAAUGAACGCAAGAUGAAGAAGGAGGCAUUAAGAAUUGAGCGGGAAAAAUUAGAGCAACAUAACCAAAGGCAGCAAGAGCUGCAGAAGAAAAAGAAGGAGGAAGAACGGAAGAAAAAGGAAGCAGAAAUGGCAGCAAAGAAGAGACAGAGAGAAGAAGAAGGGAAAAAGGAAAAAGAAAGGAAAAGGAAGCGUGUUAAUGAUGCAAAGAAGCAACAUCAUGAGCAAGAGAAGAUACACGCUAAGAAAGAAGAUAAACAAGUACAAAUCCGAGCAGCAGGUGAACAAAUCCGAGAAAGCAAGAAACUUAUGGAUGAGAAAGAAAAUCAUCAGAAAUUGCAAAUGGACAUCAGUGAGGGUAAUUUGGAGCUUGUUUCUGAAAGUGAACCUUUGAAUACCAGGAAUUCGACAAAUGAUAAAAUAAAAGAAUGCUGUCCUGCAUAUUCUGAAGCUAUGAAUGGUGAUAAUAAAGAAAAGGUGACGAGCAAUUUUAUCAAAGCAUCUGAAGAUGAUGCCUUCAUCAACGAACACCCAUUUCAAGAGCAAUCAUAUGAUAUCUCUCCUUAUAAAGAAUCAGAUGAUGAAGAUGAAGAUGAGGAUGACAAACCAAAUAAUAAGUUUAUUCCUUCAUGGGCAAGUAAGCAUCGCUUGUCUCUAGCUGCUUCUUCCCAGAAAAUGGACCCGGAAACGAUAUUUCCCCAGCGAAGUUUUUGUAAUAUAGCAGAAGUACUCCUUCCACGGAGGUUUCAGUCGUAUUAGCAAUUUAUUGAAAAUGCAAUCCAGAUGUAGCGAUUCUUCAACUCAUAAUUAUGGAUUUUGUUGAGGGUUUCGAAGAGCUUCAUUGAGCAUAAAGUUGUAGCAGCUAAUGAUUUCUUCCAUACCUUUUCAUCUGUUGAGUAAAGAUUAAAGAUUGCCUACGGAAGAUAGUACUUUUGUACAGUUUCAUCGAUCUGUAUAUAUUAGUGAAAUUUGUAACUUUUGCUCAGUUGCUGUCAGUAGCAACAAUUUUUUAGCAUAAAAAUGCUAAUAUUUGAUAAUUAAAAUGUGCUUUAAGUAGAAAUUGUAUAACAUC